GAGAAGAAAAGAAAAUUCAAAAGGAUGAAGAACCAAUUUUGUUCUAAGACCCUUUUCCUCAUUUUCCUCCUUGUGGUGACACAGUGGUUGACCAUUGAGGCCAAAACUUGCAAUCCUAGUGGCAAAAUAAAAGGGAGGAAGCCUCCUCCAGGACAAUGCAACCCUGAAAAUGACUCUGAUUGCUGCAAGCAAGGCAAGUUGUAUACUACCUACGAGUGCUCACCAAGGGUGUCUGGCAAAACCAAGGCUGUUCUGACAAUCAACAGCUUUGAGAAGGGCGGAGAUGGUGGCGGACCCUCAGAAUGCGACAACAAUUACCACUCAGACAACACUCCGGUGGUGGCUUUGUCCACAGGUUGGUUCAACAAUAUGCAGAGGUGUUUACAGAACAUAACCAUAUAUGGUAAUGGGAGAAGUGUGAGUGCAAUGGUUGUGGAUGAGUGUGAUUCAACAGCAGGGUGUGAUGCCGAUCAUGAUUAUCAGCCCCCAUGUCCUAACAACAUUGUUGAUGCUUCUAAAGCUGUUUGGAAGGCAUUAGGAGUCCCCAAAGGCGAUUGGGGUGGAUUGGAUAUUUACUGGUCUCAACCUUGAUUUCCCCUUUUCUCCAUACCUAUGUUUUAUCCUAUAUCUAGUUUCUGCUUUAUUUUCUUGUGAUACACUUCUCUUUAUUGUCUCUAAAUUAUAAAUUGAA